CGUUCAUGAGACGAGUUCUCACCCUUGAUUACGUGCACCUGUCAAUCUGGACCGUUUGGCAUGGAGUUUGAUUGUCUGGACUGUCGGUAGAUCUCUAAACUUUGACGGACGUAUCAACAAUGGCAGCUCUGACUCAAGAGAUUUGUGCAAGAUGCUUAAACGGAUUGAUAUUACUUCUCAUACUACACGGUGUGCUACCCAUAUCACUUCAAACUAUUUCCGACGAGCCACCAGAACCGAGUGACCCUACAGUUCACGGGAGUAUUUUGAGUCCCUUGUUGAAGGCAUUGUCGGAUAAUGAGCCAUGGCAUGAUUUAUCGCCAAGAGCAAAACCUGAAUCAAGAUAUGUCAGGUACAUGAAAAGGCUGUACAAAAUGUCGUCUAAACCGGAGAGAAGUCAUGAGACAAGUCAUCUGUACAACACGGUGCGAUUGAUCACCCCUCGAGAUGAAUGUCUGGAGGAAAAUGAAGAGAUCUUCAUGCAGGAUCUCUCCUACAGUCUAAAUCGAGUGAGGCCUCAGGAGCAGCUUCUCAAGUCCGUCCUGUUGUACUCCUUUGACCAGGACAAGGCUGCGUCCUUCACCACGCUCUGUUACCUGGACAUCGAAGAGUACAACCCCACGGCCCAGCAGUGCUGCCCAAACAGCCACUUCUCCGUGGCAUUCCCGGUGCAUAUGGAGAGACGAGGCCGCCUGAAGUGGGUAGAGGUGAAUGUGACGUCCUUCAUGCACCCUCUCUUCAGCUCGCACAAGAAGGACAUCCAUCUGCUCAUCAACCUCACCUGCGUGGUGGACGGUGGCGUCCGCUAUGACCACAAGGGCCCCGUGGAGCUCACUUUGAGGUCCCCUUCGCUCCUGCUAUACCUAAACGACACCAGUGAACUGGCUUACCAGAGGUGGCCCCCCCAACCCAUGUCUGGUGGGCUGAGCAGACGCGCCACAUUCAGCCACCCAAUGGGCUUCAGCCCAGCGAGGAGGAUCUGGAGGAGGAGACGGAACGUUUCCAGAGGCAAGCCGACACCUGACCCAAGAAUUACCAUCUUCCUCCCCAAGCACGACUUCCUGACGGAUGACUGCGAGCUGUAUGACUUCAGGGUGAGCUUCAGCCAGCUCAAGCUGGACCACUGGAUCAUCGCUCCUCACAAGUACAACCCGAGGUACUGCAAGGGUACUUGCCCACGGGCAUUGGGCUACAUGUAUGGUUCCCCGGUGCACACCAUGGUACAGAACAUAAUUUACGAGAAGCUAGACUCUUCUGUUCCUAGGCCUUCCUGCGUCCCCUCAGAAUAUAACCCCCUUAGUGUUUUGACCAUUGAAAAUGAUGGCUCUAUUGCAUAUAAGGAGUAUGAGGAGAUGAUUGCAACAAAGUGCACCUGCCGCUAAAACUCUAGCAUCAGAUAGGGGUGUUUCAUUAAGCAUUUUGGCAUCUGUUAGUGUCUUAUCAUUUAGUGUCUGAAUCCAAUGGCAUUUAAAUGGUAAGGUGUUUGCGUCAGUCUCGCCAAGUCCUCGUGCAACUAUUUAUAACUUUGUGGACACUCAUAUUUUUCAUUCAUAUUUUUCAUUCAAAUUUUUCAUUCAUUUCAUUCUUACAUAACUAUAUUUGUAUGUGUAAUAUUAUGUGAUGCUGUGUGGUUUUUUUUGUUUUGUUUACCUUAAUCGCCAUUGAUAUAAUUUUAUGUUUAUUUUUGUUAAUUUAUUUCUGUUAAUUUAUUUCUGUUGGUACUUUCUGAAUAUUCUGUUGUCUCGGCGAAAUUUUAGAAUAUCUGGGCAGAUCAAGAAGUGUAAUCUAAUGCCCCUGUGCAAACUCUUUUACACUUGUCAAUUUUAUACCUGUAGUUCACAAAAAAUCUCAUGUACUACCCCCCUGUUCAUAAAGUCCACUUAAUAAGUUGUCCUUCUGGAGACAAUCUGGGUUAAUUGUUGUCAAGGAAAUUACUAAAUGCCUAUUGAUUAUAUAUUGGAGUCUACCUAAAUGCGUUUGGCAUGUCUAUCAAUGUAAGUUAAUUCACUGUUAUUGUUUGGAUAACUGAUUUCACAAAAAAGGAAUAUGAAUGAAUAUUCAUGUUAUAAAAAGUUAAAUAAAAAAAAAAAGGCAAGUUUAUGUCACCCACCAGGAAUCAAUAGUUUGUUAGGACUAAAUAUUUGGGUCUA